CAAGACGACGCUAAUCCUAGAUUAGUGCGUCCCGGGCACUUAGUCUUACCUUCCUAUUCGGGUGCACCUCUGCCUUACUUCCCAGUAUCGACACCCACACUCUUCUGGGUGCAAAAUCUACAAAACGAUGGCUUUCAGACGACCUAUCGAAUGGAUAUUCUGGAACUUUAUGUGGGGUUCUCUAAAAAGCUACAAUCUACAGGGAUGUUGGACGCUACAUGUCUUUGUCCAAUCAAGCAAGCAACACAGCCGCCCACGGUACCCCCUUGACAAGCUGAACAUACGCGGCGCAGCAGCUCGCAUUGAUUAGUUAAGGAAGGUCGCAAUGGCCUUAAUGAGGGGAGGCCCCGAGUCUUUAGGACCAUUCCGAAUUAUGAAGGGCAACGCAACUAUUCACCACCCAGGAAGGGUCGGUAGUUCAUCAAGCCCAGUGAAAAAGCAGAAUUGAUACCAUGAUGGGCGAGUAUUAUUUGCGUAUUUUGUCCGCCGGGGCAGAUCCCAAUAUCGACAUUAUCGCCGUUCAUGGACUCAACCCUAAAAGCAAAAAGAAUCAUGCUGAGAAGACCUGGGAGUCGAAUGGGAAACUUUGGCUCAGGGAUUUUCUUCCCAAGCAACUGCCACGAGCCAGGAUUUUCCUCUUCAGUUACAACUCUAAAGUUGCAAUCCAGUCAUCCGCAGCUGGAGUGCGGGAGCAGGCACAUGUCCUCCUUGACCGCUUAAGACUGGAAAGAGAGAACUGUGAAUAUCGACCCCUGCUUUUCAUUGCUCAUAGCCUGGGAGGGAUUGUUGUCAAAGAGGCGCUUGUACAAGCCAAACUCAGCACAACGUACGGCUCGAUAUGCACCUCAACAUUUGGAAUCGCGUUCUUCGGUACGCCACAUCGAGGGACGCACCUCGCACGUGUGGGAGGCGUGGCUGCAAAGUUCGUGAGGGCUAUAUUAGGAACAGCGAGCAAUACCCUACUGAAGGCUCUUUCAAAAGGCAGCCUUUAUGCCCUGGAGCUAUCUGCGAACUUUGACAAGCUUCUUGAAAACUAUAAGUAUCUGAGCUUUUAUGAGACUCUACCAUUCAAAAGCAUCGGCAUAGUCGUUGAAAAAGAAUCUGCUGUUCUUGGCUUGCCUGACUCCCGUGAGAAAGCGGUCGCAUUGAAUGCCGACCAUGAAGAGAUUUGCAGAUUUCACUGCGAUAAAGACGAUCGUUAUCAAUACGUGUCUUCGCUGAUUGUCGAACUAGCGAAUUCAGGGACGGAGCGGCCUUUGACCAGUUGCUUUGAUGAAUCAGACUCCACCCUUUUGGCCGGUGAAGCCGAUCCUUGCUUCUGGAUGGUACCGUUUACUCGUAAUCCCGGGUUUGUUGGCCGUGAACACACAUUAAGUCAGGUCAUGGAGCGUAUCAUGCCACUUGGAAAGGUUCAUUCUAGAGUAGCCUUGUAUGGCCUCGGAGGUGUCGGUAAAACCCAGAUAGCCAUUGAGCUAGCGCACCAAGUCCAUGACGCUCAUCCCGGCGUUUCGGUGUUUUGGAUUCACGCGAACAGUAUCAGUCGGUUCCGAGAAAGUUAUAAUGAUUUGAUCAAGGAAUGCGAUAUUGAAUGUCCGCUCAAUGAUAAACAAGACAAUCUCAGGCUUGUCAAGCAGUGGCUUGAAAAGCAGUGUAAACGCUGGUUGCUGAUCAUCGAUAACGCUGACCAAGCCUCAUUCUUCACGUUAGAUGGCCGUCAAUGUGAGAAAGGUUCCACGUCAGCCAUGCAGCUGCAAGAGGACUCUCCAAUCCUCCAGUACCUUCCUGAAAGUUCUUAUGGAUCCAUUCUUAUUACAACGCGGAACCGAGCUGCUGGUGUCAGAUUCGUUAGGGGUGUUGGACAAAACAUGAUUGAAGUGGGAACUAUGACCAAGGAAGAGUCGAGAUGCUUGAUCAAGUCUGCUUUAAGUGGUGAUUAUCCAACAGAUUCAGAUAUGGAUGAGCUCGCGGAGAUGCUCGAUUAUUUACCGUUGGCAAUCAUGCAAGCCGCUUCGUUUAUGGAAGAAAAUGUGCUCACUGUGAAUGAAUAUAUGAGACUGCAUAAUGACAGUGACGAGACCAGGAUGGGCUUACUGUGCGAGCCCUUCGAGACGUUAGGGAGAGACAGCGAAACCCCAAAUGCUCUUGCUACCACUCUGAUCGUUUCUCUAGAUCAUAUCAAUACCAAAGAGCCGAAUGCCAUCGAUUCUCUGUCCCUCAUCGCUUUUCUUGAUCAACAUCACAUUCCGACAAGCCUGAUGCAACAAAAGCUCACCAAACCGCUUGACUUGACAAAGGCGCUGGGCACGCUUAAGGCUUUCUCGCUAAUAACAGCGAACGGAACCGGUCAAAGCUUCUCUAUUCACCGGCUUGUACAACUUACCGUGCGCAAAUGGCUGAUCAUCGAACAUGAAUUUGAAGAUAAAGCUAUCCAUGCUAUGGAUAUACUCGCGGAGUCUUACCCCGACGCCAAGUUUGAAAAUUGGCCCACUUGCGCUGCUUAUCUACCCCACGCGAUGUCAGUUCUGAAAUACACUCCCGAGCUACAUGGGAAGUGGUUGAGAAGAAGGCUAUACCUUCAAGAAGGAAUAGCCUUCUAUCUCUGGGAACGGGGUCGUUGUGACGAAGCAGAGGCAUUGGACCUUCUCAUUGUCGAAGAGAAUAAGAAGGAAUUUGGUAUGGAACAUCCAGAAACGUUAGAAAGCCUUGCUAGUCUGUCCUCGACAUAUUGUAGUCAGAAUCGACUGUUAGAGGCCGAGAAACUGGACUUCCUUGUCAUGACAACAAGAAAGCGGCUGCUUGGAACAAGGAACCAGUUGACUUUAACCAGUAUGGUCAACUUGUCAAGCGUCUACAGAAGACAGUGUCGAUUUUCGGAGGCGGAAGGUCUGAUAUUGGAAGCGUUAGAGGAGUCAAAGUCCUUGUUUGGAGAGGAGCAUGAGAUGACGACGGACAUCAUGGGACACCUUGGAAAGCUCUAUCUAGAGCUAAACAGGUUGCCAGAGGCCGAAGCACUUGCACACAAAGAUUGGACUGUUCGGAAGAUAAUGUAUGGCCCUGGACACAGUUGGACUCUGUCUGCUGCGGAGACGCUUCUUGAUGUCUAUAUCGGCCAAAAGAAGUGGGCAGAGGCGAAAGAAUUGGCCGUCCCCACCCUGCAGCUACUUGAGAAGAAUAUCGGUACUGAGGAUUCCGAAACCCAGGAGUGCAGACACCGCUUGGUCGACAUCUAUGCAGGGCUGAAUGACUGGCCAAACGCGGAGCAAUUGGCACUGCAGGCGCUAAGUAUAGCGUUGAAUAAGCUGGGCCCUCAUGAUUGGGACACCCUUGUAAUGAAGCAUGAUCUUUCGGAGGUAUAUGCUAAUUGGAAUAAUAUCCAGAAAGCCGAAGAAUUGGAAAAUGAAAUUCUUGAGGACUGCCUCCAUACAUUCGGCCCAGACCAUGGCUACACAUUGUUUUUCUCGGCCCUGAUUCUGAAACGUCGGGGGGAGGAGACAGAGGCCAUACAGCAGAUGGUGCGGUCCAUAAAAAGGCUGGAAUAUUCGUUGGGACCUUACUUCAACCCGACCAAGUCUGCCACAUACCUACUACAAGUGUGGUGCGGAGACGACGAAGCCGUGAACAAGCUCCUGGGAGAUUGAUGAUACGAAAGAAACGUGGUCCCGGAAAACAAGCUGCUACUUACGACUCUACCGCCAUCAUAAAAGAUAGAAGCGAAUGCUUGAUACGGAACACUGCGCCUUCGGCCUUGACUUCCCUAUAAGCCAAACCGACGAGGAAAUAGUCGCGCGUCGAGGAAUCUUACACUAGGUAAUCAUUGCUUAACACCGACCAUCAAGAAGCAGUCCUAAUCCGCUUGGAGUAGGCCAUCAUCGUCAUGCCCUGGGGGAAAGCCGCUUGUUGAGAGGUCCUGCAGUAAGGCGGGCCAGUUAAUGCUAUUUGCAGCGACUUUUGUGUCACCCGACGCUGUACGCUUCCGAGGGCUCCAGAGUCGUGGUGACCAGUCGUCCUCUCAGCCAGCCAACCAAAUCUGGGGCCACCCCAUGUACUCCCAUGUACCGUAAAAGGUUGCGGGACAUGCUCAUGUUCGUGUGAUAAGGGACGGCGCGUGUACAUCCAAGUUACGCAGGUUUACCUAGGCUGGUGACAAUGACUGUGUUAGCCACACGUCUCAAUUCAUCACUAAUUCAUACACUAAUAUCUCAGCCGCAAUGUGUCUGGGUCUGUGUAUGCUUGCAUUUAUCUUCCUGAAA